UCAGAAGGGUACGACAUGUAUAGAUCAGCACUGGACUCUGCCCAAAUCAAUGAACUAUGUAGGGGAUCACUCUGCAGGCACAGUGGAGGUUCUCUUCACAAGAGCAGAAGUCAGCGAAGGAGGACCAUGGGGGUUUUUGCUGCUCUGUUGAUACAGCUGUGUGCGUCAGCUGCUUUUGGACAGGAAUUCGUGACUGUGGACGCAGGGACAAAUGUAUAUGAAGAUUAUGUGUAUUACGAUUACGUGACUGGGAGCCCAACCGAUGUCGUUAUCGAUCCGGGUGACUGGCUGUACGAUCUCCUGGAUGUCCAAAGCAAGUGUGACUCCAAUCCCUGUUUAAAUGGAGGCAGCUGCGACACCACACAUGAGAGUGGCUUUGUUUGCUUGUGUCCUGAGCCUUACACUGGCAAAAUGUGCCAGACAGUGAAGGACGUUUGCAAGGGUGUCACUUGUGGCCAAGGAACCUGCGUUUUCACGACAGCUGCACCGUAUUAUGAAUGCAAAUGCAAGCCUCCUUUCAGACCCCCCAACUGCAGAAAAGCCGCCCCCUGCAGACCCAAUCCAUGUCAGAAUGGAGGCAGCUGCUCGAAGGGGCCCAAACCUUCUUCCUUCCACUGUCACUGUCCAGUAGGAUUCAGUGGAAAGUACUGUGAAGUUGGACCAAAUGAUUGCUAUGAGGGCAAUGGGGAAUCUUAUCGUGGCAUGGCAAGCAUGACAGUGGACAGGGAAGACUGUCUGGACUGGAACGCCUACUUCAUCUUGCAGAAAGGUCAAGAUCCUUUCCAGCAGUAUGCCGGCUUUGAUGGACUGGGACCUCACAAUUAUUGCAGAAACCCUGACGGAGACGACCAGCCCUGGUGUUUUUACUCCUUGAAUGGUAACCUGAGGUGGAAUUACUGUGACGUCAGGAAAUGUUCAAAAGUUCCAGCCACAGCACCAACCAUCUAUGAAAGCAGUCCAGCACCAACCAAGCCACAUGCCUUCUCUCAGUGUGGCAGGCCCCAGCCUUCUCGUUCUGCCAGGAUCUUUGGUGGGAAGAAAUCGCUCCCUGGGGCUCAUCCAUGGCAGGUGUCCUUGCAAACUCGAGAUUUAAAUAGUCAAGGACCCUUCAGCCAUAUUUGUGGCGGCACCCUGCUGGAUUCUUGCUGGGUGCUUACUGCUGCACACUGCAUUAAGAGUGGAGUAGAGAUGCAGGUGAUGAUGGGAGGAGUCGACCUUGUGAAAAGUGAACACUACAAACAGGUGAUUCCUGUGGAGAGAGCCUUUCUGCAUGAAGAUUAUAGGGAGAGCCCCUUUGCUCUGCACAAUGAUAUCGCCAUGCUGAAGCUGAGAUUCACAGACAAGCCAUUAUGUGCACAAGAAACUCGCUUUGUCAAGACGGCGUGCCUCCCAAGCCAACCCUUUCACAACGGGAGUGAGUGUGUUAUAUCUGGUUGGGGAGUCACCGAAACACAGAAAUACGGGACCAAUCAGCUGCUCGACACUCAGGUUGUCUUGAUCUCCCAGGAGAAGUGCCAGGCCCCCCACGUCUACGGCAAGGCCCUGGACGACAGCAUGUUCUGUGCAGGAAACUUGAAAGGAGGUGUAGACUCCUGCCAGGGCGACUCUGGGGGCCCUCUGGUUUGUGAGAAGGAUGGAACACACUAUCUUGUCGGAGUGGUCAGCUGGGGCGAUGGGUGCGGCAAAAAGUACAAGCCUGGAGUCUAUGCCAACGUCAGGAGAUUUACUGAGUGGAUAUCUCAUUAUCUGAUCCAAUAAAGAAGCUGAACAAUGCUUUAGAAAACCUAGAUACAGUAUGUUGAACUCUGAAAUGAACGAGAAAUGCAACCUGUAAACGUGCAGAUUUUACAGACUCAUGUCGACCAAUGUCUGGUGAAGAAAACACCACUAGCAACGUCUCAUUGAGCGGCUUGACCUGUGGCUAUUGUCUCGAGGCACCGCAUUCCACUUACGGCAUUCUGUGGGGAUCCAGCAUUGUUACUAGCUUGACUGUUGGUCAUCACAUUUGUGACGUUGAAAUUUUUAUCUCCAAAUAGAUUUGAUCGCAAUAAAAUUUACAGCCGAUACAUUUUCAAUGGAACUCAAUAGUGAUGGGUAAUUGAAUCAUCAUAUAGCGAUUAGACUCAAUGACACACUGUGUUGACACUGUGUCACUGGAUACUGACACCUGCUGGACAUUAAAAAUCCCUGCAGCCAACCUUCUUGACGGACUGAAUUGACCCUCAUUUGAUGACCUUGGGUUCACAAGAAUAUCAUGUAAGCCUUUGCAUCCAUAUCUUUAAAUAAUGUGUCAUAAUGUGAAAAUCUAAUUGAAAACGAUGUGAAUGAGGAUGACUGUGAACUUUGUUUUUAUUAAAAACAAAAAGGGUUUCCAAUGUUUUAAAAUUUUCUAAAUUAAGUCUGCCGCUUUCCUCGAAAAAAAAAAAAUAAAU